ACACUAUGUUGAUUGUUUAUGGGCGAUUCAUGGUGGAAAAAUUAGUCAACAGUUUUUAGAGAAACAUAAAAAUAUACCUGAAACGGCACGCUUAAAGCCAUUUAGUUUAGUUUAAUGGGAAACACGCAUAAUAAAAACUCUGAGCACAAGAAUCAAAAACAAUCUACGCAUUCAGACCGCGACGGCCAGGCGUUCACUAGUCAGUUCAGUCUCUCCCAUUUCGUGGGCAACCUCAGCGGGCGUUCCUUCGUCAGUGUUACGAGCAACCAGUCGGUGUACAGUGCAUCACGGCCUUGGUCUCGCGUCUCGAGGCGAAGAUGGAAUGACUCCACAUUAAAAAAUCCACUAGAAGCAAGCAAGACUGCCUGGCCAGUUGCCCACAAAGAAUCAAUAUUCCAACCUGAAUUUCCCAUCACCACUGAUUUACUCCAGAAAGACUUUCAAAUAGAAGAGACAAUAGCUAAGGGUGCGUUCGGUGAAGUCUAUAAAGUAAAGAAGAUAAGUGAAGACAAAGAAUACGCACUGAAAGUACUCAGUAAGUCACAGAUAGUGAACGAGAGUGCAGUGCGUCAGGUGAAGGAGGAAGCGCGCAUUCAAGCGGCGUGCGGACAUCAUUCCUUUAUUGCGGGCGCUGUGGCUCGCUGGCAGACCAAGAAAAGACUUUAUAUUGUUUCAGAAUACAUUCCUGGAGGCGAGUUGUUGGCUCUGCUGGACAAGUACGGCAAGCUACCUGAAGAACUAGUCAAGAUAUUUGUCGCUGAAAUCGCUAUUGCUAUUGAUUUCCUUCAUAACGCUGGAGUCAUAUACCGAGACUUGAAGCCGGAGAACAUUCUUCUCGACUCUGACUGUCACAUACGAUUGAUCGACUUCGGACUCUCCAAGUGGCUCUCCAUCGGAUCGCGCACCACCACACUCUGCGGGACGCUCAAGUAUAUGGUGUGGGAGUUGACUCGUUUGCUAAUUUAAAAAAUGGCUGAGUGCAUCGCUCGCUCGUUAUCCGUAGCGUAUAUGAGGCAGACGGCGCAGCAGUAACCCCCGCCCUGUCCCCGAGCAUGCACGCCCCGGGCGCUCGCGCGGCCGCCCACUGACGCCGCCACCAUGAACGCGCGCACCAUCGCCUUCGAGCUGUCCAUGGAGGGCAGGCAGGUGGACGAGGUCGUCGCCUGCAUCUUCCACACCGUCCUCUUCCACCGCUCCAGUGGCAAGUUCACUUACAACAACGAAGAGAGCUACUCCAUCCGCACCGUCAGCUACGUCGAUGUGGAUUGUGACUUCAUAGACUUUACGUACGUCUGCUGCGAAUCCGACGCGCUGGGUCGCAGUGUCAAGCGCGAGAUCUCAGACUUCUCCGAGCUGCUGCGCGGACUGGACGCGAGCUCGUCCCCGCCGCGCGGCUCCAUCAGCCUGGAGUUCUUCCAGAAGCGCCGCGCGCGCUGGCCCUUCCAGCCCGAGUGCGUGCCCUGGGAGGUGUGGACCGUCUACUGCGAGCUCGCGCGCAACGAUCACGACGCGCACAGCAAGCACGAGAAUGUCGUAGAGAUGUUGCAGGACAAGAUCGUCUUCAUCACUGAGAUCAUCAACCGACACGAGUACGUGCCCAAGAUGCCGAGCCGCUCGGACGCAGAUCUCAUCUUCGACACGUCCUACUCGGACAUCCAGCCGUACCUGUUCAAGAUAAACUACAACCUGUCGGGCGCGCCGCCCACGUCCGUGGGCAACACGGUGCGCAAGCUCAUCCGCGACACGCUGUCGUUGUGAUGCCGGCUGAGCCCGCCCGCCCGCCUGCCAACUCCGUCGCGCGCUGUGACGCGCCGCCAUGCAUGAAGCAUGUCACAUCAACUUGUGUGGCAUGUCACAUCUAAAAAUGUUUCAAAUUAAACCAAAUUAAAAUGAAACACGGCUCCGCGCCGUUGCCUGUCGCGGUACAUAUGAUUUUACUGAAUAUUGAAAAUUGAAAUGUGUGAUUUAUUUUUACUAUGGACAUGUGUAUAUAAUAAUCAUAAUGAUAAAUGAAUUGUUUUUAUCUAUUAACACUGUAUUUGACGUUUUGACAAUACACAAACAUCAGAAUCUAUUAUCUGUGUCAUUUAUUGUACUUACGCUUUGUUUGUUGCACAAACGUGUGUCGUAGUAAUCGCUGCAAUUAAUGUUUUGUGUAACUUUACUAUGUAUCAGCUUUAUUACUGACUGUUAGCUUGUACUAAACUUUGUGUUUCUCGUUCGUGUAGGUAUAUUACAAGUUCCAGCUUAUUGUCUACGUAUGAUGUACGAUGAGAUGGUUGAGGUGGUUAGAGUAAGUUGCGAGGAAUGGUAGCGUGGAGUAGUGGAUACACUCCCUCUGCCAUCUGCUAGGAUGAGCCGAGCCUCUACUAGACGUCGCGCGUCGCGUCGUGUUUAACUAAUAAUAUUUUAUUUAAUGGAACUUUGUCUGUUGUAAUGUUAGUUUGUAACUUUAGUUGUAAUAUCAGAGCUAUGACUCGGAAGGCUGGUUAAUGUGUCCAUUCAUUUUAUCGUUUAUUUAAGCUUUGGAUUCGUCUGUUGUUUAUUACUAAGGUUUAAUAUAGAGUGAUUUCUCAAGCAUUCACAGAAGUUUGACGUAGACAUAAUAGUUACCUAGAAAUUUGAUUGUGUAAGUAAUAUUAGAUUUUUUUAUGAAUUAUAAUAAACACUUGAGUUUUUGUUGAGGAGGUGGCACUAAAUGUUUAUAUCUUGAGUACUAACGCUUCUAUGUUUAGUCACAAUCGGAGUCGCUGGACUCCAUAUAUGGUCAUUUGACUGUUCACUUAUAUACAGUUAUAUUUAAAUGAUCGCUUUGUGAUAUCGCCGAGAAUAAUCCUGGAAUAUAUAAAAGAAAAAUGUAAAAAAUAUAUUGAAUUUCGAUGACGUGUCUGAAUGUAAGGAAGAUUGAUAUAUUAUUAAAUGAUAGUUAUUACGACUUAAGUAGUUAUGUAUUGUCAGUAACUCUAUGAAUGUGUAUUAUAAAUAUUGUAAAUAUUUGCAUCGAUAGUAUAGUAGUCAGUUCACUUAUUCGAAUAGUUCCAAGUGGUUUGUUGAGAGAGCUUUAUCGGAUAGAAUGUUCUAGAUCUAGCUGAUCAGUGAUUGUUCCAUGUAUUGUGUAAAAAUGUUAGGGUAGGCGCGGUGCGAGGAACGUCUCAUGUAGUGUUAAGUAAUGGUGAGAUGAAUAAUCAAAUUAAAUUGUAUUGUCAUUUUUUUCUUAUUAUUCUUAUACUUAAUUUGCGAUAUAUUUACUUUGACGAUGUCCUGUUGAAAGUCUUAAUAAUUUAUUGUCGAAUUCUCUGACUGGGUGUCGUCAAAGAAAACAUAUGAAUCCAUGACUUGCAACAGAACAUAUUUUAGGAUAACUUUUACUACCUACUAUAAUACACGUAUGUAUGUUUUCAUGCCAGAGUCAAAUUGCUUUUAGUUUUCGUUUUGUUUUCUAGAGGACUGUGAACUGAGUCCAUCCAUACAAUUCUGAUUUACUAUCCUACCUCAUUUUGUGACUCUAGCUUUAGUGUAUCACGUCUGUAGGCCUAUCUAAUCACACUUGUACCUACAAAAUAUUUAUCAGAAUUAUUUCGUCACCAAAGAUGAGGCUGUAUAGGCUUUGCGAUCUUACAAUACAAAUUCUUUUAAAUAUUUUCACAAUUAUGUUAAAAGAUAUCGUGUUCGCGUGCAAUGACGAUUAUAUUAUGCUGUUACGAAAUAUAAUUAUAUGAAGAGAUAUCGACAGUGCACGCGUAACAAUAUCUUUUACUCAAAGAUUUUAAUGAUAUAAUAUUUAUUAUGUAAUCCAUUUGUAAUUUUCAUAUCAGUGAGUACCUUAAUGAUUGAAAUGAUUCCAAAAUGCUAAAAUAUAGAACUCUGGUGAUAUUGACAAUAUAUUUAAUUCAGAUACCUUGGAGGUGUGCCUCGUGUAGUGAUAGUAGUAUGCCGAAUGCCGAGCACAUGUUAAGUAAAUAUAUUAUGUCACUGCACCCUCGCUAUGGCCUUAUUUAAAAAGAUGUCUUAGAAACUAUUGAAUUCACGACUCGCGUGUAAUAACGGCUGUUACAUAUUAGAGUUUAUAAUAAAUGAAACAGGAAAUAUAUAUGUUGUGAUGUAUAAGUUCAAAAAGUAAAAAAAAUCUUAGUCUUGUGAUAUAAUUUAUAUAUAAGUAAUAAAUAAUGAAGUAUUA